CAACUCCGUCUCAUCACCGUCCGAUGCUUUGACUUUUUUCCCCGAUCAAUUAAUCUUUGACCGGCGACAAUGGGUCAUUGUUACAGCCGGAACAUUUCCACCGUCGACGAUGACGACGAAAUCCCCGCCGGAAUCGCUCAGUUACCACAUCGGUCUGAUCAAAACCACCACCAGAGUUCAUCAUCAAUUCCUCAGUCUCCGGCUACUUCAGAAGUCAACCCUUACACAAUCAGCCCAUUUCAAAGCCCGUUACCGGCUGGAGUAGCUCCAUCUCCGGCGAGAACUCCGGGAAGAAAAUUCAAAUGGCCGUUCCCGCCUCCUUCACCUGCGAAACCGAUUAUGGCGGCUCUAAGACGGCGACGAGGUACAGCACCACAUCCUCGAGAUGGUCCGAUCCCUGAGGAUAGUGAAGACAUUGAUCACGGAAGAGCCAGCGGAAGCGGAGGCGGAAUCGGAGAGAGAUUAGAUAAGAAUUUCGGAUUUGCGAAGAAUUUUGAAGGUAAGUAUGAGCUUGGGAGAGAGGUAGGUCGAGGGCAUUUUGGUCAUACUUGUUGGGCUAAAGCUAAGAAAGGGAAGAUCAAAGGCCAAACUGUUGCAGUCAAAAUCAUCUCUAAAACUAAGAUGACAUCGGCUUUGUCAAUUGAAGAUGUUCGUCGAGAGGUGAAAUUGUUGAAAGCUUUGUCUGGGCAUAGUCAUAUGGUUAAGUUCUAUGAUGUGUUUGAGGAUUCGGAUAAUGUCUUUGUUGUUAUGGAGUUAUGUGAAGGUGGAGAGCUAUUGGACAGUAUUUUGGCGAGAGGUGGUCGAUACCCGGAACCAGAUGCUAAGCGUAUUCUUGUACAGAUUUUAUCUGCAACUGCUUUUUUCCAUCUUCAAGGUGUUGUGCACCGUGAUCUGAAGCCGGAGAAUUUUCUCUUUACCAGCAAAAAUGAGGAUGCAAUACUCAAGGUCAUAGAUUUUGGCUUGUCUGAUUACGCUAGAUUCGAUCAGCGUCUCAACGAUGUGGUAGGAAGUGCAUACUAUGUUGCACCUGAAGUACUUCACAGAUCUUAUAGCACUGAAGCAGACAUAUGGAGCAUUGGUGUCAUAUCUUACAUAUUACUCUGUGGAAGUAGACCUUUUUACGGACGAACCGAGUCUGCAAUUUUCCGUUGUGUUCUUAGAGCGAAUCCUAAUUUCGAAGAUUUACCGUGGCCUUCCAUAUCUCCUAUGGCCAAAGACUUUGUGAAAAGGCUUUUGAACAAAGACCAUAGGAAAAGAAUGACAGCUGCUCAAGCUUUAGCUCAUCCAUGGCUUCGAGAUGAAAAUCCUGGUCUGCUUCUGGAUUUCUCAAUCUACAAAUUGGUGAAGUCUUAUAUCCGUGCAUCGCCUUUCCGACGAGCAGCACUUAAGUCUCUAUCGAAAGCUAUACCUGAAGAGGAACUCGUGUUCCUUAAAGCACAGUUUAUGCUUUUGGAGCCUGAAGAUGGAGGCCUGCAUCUUCACAAUUUCACCACGGCUUUGACAAGAUAUGCUACAGAUGCUAUGAUCGAAUCUAGGCUUCCUGACAUUUUAAACAUGAUGCAACCAUUGGCACAUAAAAAACUAGAUUUUGAAGAGUUUUGUGCGGCUGCGGUCAGUGUUUAUCAACUUGAGGCUCUUGAAGAAUGGGAACAGAUCGCAACGACAGCCUUUGAACACUUUGAACGUGAAGGAAGCCGAGCCAUUUCCGUCCAAGAACUCGCCGAGGAGAUGAGUUUGGGACCAAAUGCAUAUCCUCUGCUCAAGGAUUGGAUCCGGAGUUUAGAUGGGAAGCUGAAUUUCUUAGGCUACGCCAAGUUCUUGCACGGUGUGACUAUGGCGCCGGUGAAGAGGAGGGUGUUCAAGACAAAGAAUGAAAUGGCAGUGGAGCUGGCCAAAUUCACGGCUGAUCUUUCCUCCAAAUUCUGCAAAGAAAGAGGAAUUUUCACCGUCGUUCUCUCCGGCGGCGACCUCAUCGCCUGGCUCUGGAAAUUGUUAGAAGCUCCUUAUAUUGAUUCAAUUGAGUGGUCUAAGUGGCACAUCUUCUGGGUCGACGAAAGGGUUUGUGCUUGGGAUAAUGUGGAUAGCAACUAUAAACUCGCUUACGACGGUUUUCUCUCCAAGGUUCCAAUUCCAGCUGAAAACAUCUACGCUAUCGACAACGGACUCGGGGCCGAAGGCAACGCCGAGCUAGCAGCUGAAAGGUACGAGGAGUGCCUCAAACAAAAGGUGAACCAGAACAUAAUCCGAACGUACAAAUCUUCUGGUUUUCCACAAUUCGAUCUUCAGCUUCUAGGAAUGGGACCGGACGGUCACAUGGCAUCUCUAUUCCCGGGGCAUGAUCAGAUCAACGAGAAAGUGAAAUGGGUCACAUCUAUAACCGAUUCACCUAAGCCACCACCAAAAAGAAUAACUUUUACUUUACCGGUUAUCAAUUGUGCUUCCUACAAUGUUAUGGCCGUAUGUGAUAAAGAGCAGGCUGAUUCGGUUGCGGCUGCUCUUACUCAUACCAAAGACUUACCAGCCGGUAGACUAACCGCGGAUGUUGAAGUUGUUUGGUUCCUUGACCAAGCUGCUGCGUCUAAACUCCCUCAUGGUUGGUGCUCCAUCCUUUGAUUUAAACGUUUAUGUUUUUGUCUCACUAAGUCGUUUGGUUUGGUUUGUUUGUAAACCGUGUAUUGCUUAAUUACUUGUUAAGUUGUGUACCAACACCAUAUUGAUCUUGGUGACUUUGGUUUACAAGUUUGUGGGCCUAUAGCUUAUCAACAAAUGACGCAAAACUCAAAAAUAAAUCAAGUGCGUGCAA